UCCCAGGGCUGUCAGCUCUGCAUCCUGGUCUAGAUUCUUCUGCUGGCUUCUCUGGGAAGUUUCCCCACCUUCAGGAUUGCUGUCUGGAUAUAGAGAAUUUCACAAUGGCAGGAGCAAAACUCUUCUGUUUUGCUUGUUUCUGUGUUGCAAUGAUGGGUAUGGUCAUAGCCCAGUCAUCCAGAUCCAAACCAAAAACCGGCAAAGGUAAAGAAGAUUUGAGAAAUGAGAUUGAUAAGCUGUGGCGGGAAGUAAACUUGCUGAAGGAAACACAAGCACUGCAGACUGUUUGCCUGAAAGGGACAAAAGUUCACAAAAAGUGUUACCUGGCAUCCAAAGGCGCAAAGAGCUUCCACGCGGCCAAUGAAGAUUGCAUCGCCCAAGGAGGAACCUUGAGCAUCCCCCGAGACAGUGAUGAAAGCAACUCCCUCCGUAGCUAUGCCAAGAAGAGCCUGAGUGGGGCGAGGGACUUCUGGAUUGGAGUCAACGACAUGACUUCUGAGGGCAAGUUUGUCGACGUUAAUGGAAUGGCGAUUAAUUACCUCAACUGGGACCGGAACGAGCCACGUGGUGGGACCCGGGAGAACUGUGCGGCAGCAUCCAUCGGUGGCCAAGGCAAAUGGUCAGACGAAGUGUGCCGUAACGAGAAGAGAUACAUUUGUGAAUACCUCAUUCCUUAGAGCUGUCUCUCAUGCAGUCAUCUCCAGAGCAGUUUUGGUCAUUACUUUUUGGCAUAUUACUUUUCAAUUGAAGGUGUUAAAAUAAGUAUCUUAAGGGAUAUACAGGUUUGAAUGACAUCAAGCAGUGAUGGGUAGAAAUUAGUGUUAGGCAGUAGCAUAUUAACAGUCAACAUCACACAAGGUGCCCAUUUUGUUCACAGGACAUAGAUAUUGUUGCCAGCGCCAACAUUUAUCAUCCAUUCCUAAUUGCCGCCUGCACUGAGUGGUUUGCUAGUCCGUCUCAGAGUCAGUCACUUCAGUGGGUCUGGAGUCACAUCUAGGCCAACAACAUGAUGGCUUUAGUGCAAUGAGUGGUUUGCUAGUCCGUCUCAGAGUCAGUCAUUUCAGUGGGUCUGGAGUCACAUCUCGGCCAACAACAUGAUGGCUUUAGUGAACAAUCCAAUAUUUUCACAGUCACCAUUACUGAUACUAGUGUUUAACUCCAGAUUUAUUUAGCUACCUGAAUUUAAAUUCCCAAGCUGUCGUAGUGGGGUUCAAUCUCAUCUCAGCAAUUUAAUCAGCCAGGCUUCUUAACCAUUAUGCUGCCAUAACGUUGUUAUACACCUAAUGGAAGUGAAUAACAGGCAGGAUGUAGAGUGGACUGCCCUUGCAAUGUUUCUGUGCUGACAUCCUAAUUCAUUUUCUACCCCUACAGAUUUAUGAUCUCCUUUAUUUUUAUGUGGAUAUUUGAUGUUGUUCACUCUGAUUAGCACUGACUGUUGGCAAUGUGGCACUCUGAUUAAUCAGAAGUUGAUCACGCAUUAAGUCUUGAUGCUACAAUGCUGAGAUUGUCUAAGUGUUUUUCUGCAAACCUUUAGCCAUUUUAGCAUACCCUUACCAAAUUCAUUUUAAAGUUACCAUCCUCCUUUAAUGAAGGAAUUACUUCCCAUGCAAUGUUUUAAGUGUUUCAAGGCUGAUCUUCAAACAGUGCAAUUUCAAGACCCAAAGCUUUUCUUAUUUUACACCUUCUUUGUCAAUAAAACAUUUCUAUGCAGCGCCACAGCUGUACGGUCUGGAUUUUCCUUUGGGAUUUUGCUCACUUCCAUCGUUUUGGAGUCCCCUACCUCAGAGAUACCACACCUAGGCUUUUUAUUAAAUCCUUGAUGAGAUUAUUUGUGAUAUGUCAGUCAAACAAAGAGUCGUAGAGUCAUACAACACGGAAACAGGCCCUUCAGCCCAAUGAGUCAUCGCUGCCCAUCAAGCACCCAUUUGAACAAAUCCCAUUUAAUUGUCGUAUUCCCAUCAACUUCCCCCAGGUUCUACCACUCACCUACAUGCAAGGGGCAACUUAGAGCGGCCAAUUAACCUACCAACCCAUAUGUCUUUGGGAUGUGGGAGGAAACCGGAGCACCUGGAGGAAACGCACGCUGUCACAGGGAGGACGUUCAAACUCCAUGCAGACAGCACUGGAGGUUAGGAUUGGACCUAGAUUCUUGGAUCUGUGAGACAGUAUGUCUAUCAGAUACUCCACUGUACUGCCCUUCAAACACCUAAAAGCAAAGAUAUUAAAGAAAGUGACCGGAAAAAAAUUCAAAGUGUCCCCAAGAUUUUCCUCUGACUAUCUUGCAUCCGUUUUUAGAAGAUUAAUACUUAGUUGUUGAAGACUCCAAGACACUCCUGGAGAGUUGUCAACCAUUACAUGGAAGGGACAUUCUCUUUCCACCAAGAGAAGAAAUCUCCAGACCCAGGUAACAAUUGUUACCAACCCAUGUUAACCGAUAUUUUUUCAGCACAUAUUUUCUAUUGCAGCAUUUUUUAUAUAAAGGUCUGCACUUUCUUUUGGUUAUGUCUUUAGUAGCAAUACUCUGGAACCAUAUACUCUGCCAUUACUUAUUACAGGUUUGUUUUAUAUGUAAAACAUGCAAUUUUCUUUUCAAAUUGUCUCAUGUUCUGACUCCUUGCAAACAUUAAAGAAAAAAAGUAUUUGCAGGUC